CCCGGGCCAGUAGAAGAAGGAUCAGUGGCAGGAUUGGGAUGGGGGACUCUCGUGGACUCGUGUUCCGUCAGAACCGAAAGUCUGAAAGGAGCGGGAGAGGCAGGCGACGUCGUCUCCUCGUCUUCUUCCUCCUCAUCCGCCGCCGCCGCUGCCGCAGCUAACAGGCUUGAGGGUCCUUUGGAGAGAGUGGGAUGAGUGGCUCAAGGCAAUGCUCAUCACAGCCACAAUUUAUGACCAGCGUCGGGCAGAAUAAUCGCUCGAAUGGACCUGGCACUCCUCUUAUUGACAGCGUUGAUGUUGAUCAGAUUGUUAUUUCGGAGAAAAACAGUUGGAAGAACUUGUUCUCAUACAUAGGGCCUGGAUUUCUCGUCUCUAUUGCAUAUAUUGAUCCUGGCAACUUUGAGACGGACCUACAGGCUGGAGCACUAUACAAAUAUCAGCUUCUUUGGAUCAUACUUAUCGCGUCCUGUGCUGCACUUGUAAUCCAAUCACUUGCAGCCAGCCUGGGGGUUGUAACUGGGAAGCAUCUUGCUGAGCAUUGCAGAGCUGAAUAUCCCAAGGUCACAAAUUUCAUCUUAUGGAUUCUUGCAGAACUGGCUGUAGUCGCAUGCGACAUUCCUGAAGUAAUUGGAACUGCUUUUGCUUUGAACAUGCUCUUUAAAAUCCCGAUAUGGUGUGGUGUUCUCAUAACCGGAUUCAGCACUCUGAUGCUCCUGUUCCUACAACAAUAUGGGGUCCGUAAGCUGGAAUUUCUGAUAGCUUUUCUGGUAUUCUUAAUAGCAACUUGCUUCUUAGUUGAACUUGGUUAUUCUAAACCAAAUUCUUCAGAAGUAAUGAGGGGCCUUUUUGUUCCUGAGAUCAAAGGAAAUGGAGCUACAGGUUCUGCUAUCUCACUACUUGGUGCCAUGGUGAUGCCGCACAAUCUUUUUCUCCACUCAGCAUUGGUACUAUCGAGAAAAGUGCCACGAUCUGUUAAUGGGAUCAAGGAGGCCUGUAGAUUCUAUAUGAUCGAAAGCGCGUUUGCCCUCACAGUAGCAUUUCUGAUCAACAUAUCUAUCAUAUCUGUUAGUGGUGCAGUCUGCAAUUCAAAUAAUUUGAACCCAGAAGAUCAGAUGAACUGCACUGAUCUAGAUCUUAACAAGGCUUCAUUUUUGUUAAAGAAUGUCCUCGGAAAUUGGAGCUCAAAGGUUUUCGCAAUUGCCUUGUUGGCAUCUGGACAGAGUUCUACAAUUACGGGAACUUAUGCAGGACAAUAUGUCAUGCAGGGAUUUCUAGAUCUUCGGAUGACAUCUUGGUUACGGAACCUUCUAACUAGGUCCUUGGCAAUUGUGCCUAGUCUGAUUGUAUCACUAAUUGGUGGUUCCUCAGCAGCCGGCCAAUUGAUUAUCACUGCGUCGAUGAUACUGUCAUUUGAACUUCCUUUUGCUCUAGUGCCACUUCUUAAGUUCACCAGUAGCAAAACAAAGAUGGGGCAGCACGUAAAUUCACGAUUCAUUUCUGUGCUAACAUGGGCUAUCGGUUCAUUCAUCGUCAUCAUCAACAUCUACUUCCUGAUAACCAGCUUUUUGAAUGUGCUCCUCCACAGCGGGCUAUCCACCGUGUCCCAAGUAUUUGCCGGAAUAUUUGGGUUCCUUGGCAUGCUCAUAUACAUUGCCGCGAUCCUCUACCUCGUCUUCCGGAAGAACAGGAAGGCCACCCUGCCAUUUUUCGAGAAUGAUUGCACGGUUGCAGUCACGGGCCAGAACGUAGGCACCGGGGGUGGAGGCUCUGAGCUGGGCCAUCUUCCCCGGGAGGAUAUCUCCAGCAUGCAGCUUCCUCAUCAGCGGCCUGCAUCUGAUCUGGACUAAAUGUAGUAGUCGCAGUGAGGAAAGUAGCUAGAUAAUAUUUCUCAUGAUGAGCAGUCGCUCUAUAACUGAAGAGCUAGGUGUCAUCAGGUAUUGACGUACUAGGUAAAUCCUGAUGCUAUCUAUAACUUCCUUUCUGAAAGAGAGUCUCGUGGACAACAAUUUUCCUGCUAUGCCGUCAAUUGUAUACAGGCGAAUUGCUAUAAUCAUAGUAGAGUUGUUUUUUUACAGUAUCACGGAAUUAAUUUGGACGGUCAAUUCCCUUU